UUACAAGCAAUGGCUAACGCGAUAGAGGGCGCUACAGUUGUGGUCAUCUGCAUGUCCCAGAAAUAUAAGGACAAAGCCGAAUAUGCCUUCCAGCUACGUCGACCAAUCAUACCUCUAAUAAUGGAGAGGGGUUACCGUCCUGAUGGUUGGCUGGGAUUUAUUUUAGGAGCUAAAUUAUUCUAUGAUUUUAGUGGAAAGUACAGUUUUGAAUCAAGGAUGGAUGGGCUGAUCAAGGCUGUGAUGCAGAUU